UUUCUGGUAACUCAGACUCAGAAGGGUAGUGAAGGGCAGAAAGCUGGUGACUGGCAUUUAUGUGCCAAAACAGCUUUGCAGCCAUUUUCUUUCCCGAAGCUUGAGGAUCUGAGAGGCAGGUUGUGUUGAGUCAGUGUCAUCUUACAUCCUGCUAUCAGUCUGUGAGUGCUGGAGACACAGCAGCAAACUCUGGGACGGCAGCAUUGAAUGGACACAACAUGGGGUCAGAUGAGGCCUACAAUUUUGUCUUUAAGGUUGUUCUAAUAGGAGAAUCUGGAGUGGGCAAGAGCAACCUGCUGUCCCGUUUCACCAAAAACGAGUUCAACCAUGACAGUCGCACAACCAUCGGGGUGGAGUUCAGCACACGGACAGUACAGCUCAACAGCUUCACCAUCAAAGCUCAGAUCUGGGACACGGCUGGACUGGAGCGAUACCGAGCCAUCACUUCUGCGUAUUACAGAGGGGCUGUUGGAGCCUUGCUGGUCUACGACAUCACCAAACACCUCACUUAUGAGAGCGUGGACCGCUGGCUGAAGGAGCUCUACGACCACGCUGACCCCCACAUUGUGGUCAUGCUGGUGGGAAACAAGACUGACCUGGAGUCAGAGAGAUCUGUGGCCACCGAAGAAGCCAAAGAAUUUGCAGAAAAAAAAGGUCUUUUGUUUCUGGAGACUUCAGCUUUGGCCUCAACUAAUGUGGAAGCAGCGUUCAACAAUGUCCUUGCAGAGAUUCACAGAAAGGUGAGCAGUAAGGAAGUGGUGCGGGGCUCUAUCAAUGCUGUGAGUUUAAACAGCUCCAGAGCAGAGACCACAGAGGAGAGUAAACCCUGCUGCAGAAACAUCUGAUUACAUCCUCCUCCUGGAGCACAGAGGCCUCAGAAUGGGUGUCAGGGAAACUCCUCUUUCACCCACAACCCUGAGGAAGAGCUCAACAAGAGGUGGGCAACAUGGCAACCUUGGGAACCACUAUUAACGGUCCCGGCUUAAGUGAUGGCUCUUUGAAAUGACUGUUGCAUGUACAAGUUGCAGAUGGAUGUACAAGUUACAUGGUGGCAUAGUAGUGUAUUCAAAAGAUGAUUAAUAAAUGUGAAUGAAUGUAGCUGGAAACCAACAUCAUUUUUUUAAGAGUCCUUGCUGACUAUUGAGGUCAUGUAGGUCAUGUAGGUAAAACACAAAACUGUGUUACCUGUAAGAUAAUAUAUUUAUGAAUUAUGCAAAAAUUAGGAAAAACUGAGAUGCAUCAUUGCGUGUACUUCAAUGUAAAUGACACACGUUUAAUGUUAUUUCUGAAAAUGUUUGGUUGAUGGCGGAUAUUAUAAGUGCUGACUGAGUCUUUUUUUGUCACUGCUAUGCUGAAAAUGAUGAUAUUGUAUGAGACUGAUUACAUUUCUGUUCAUAAAUAAAUGCUUUACAGCCUACUGUAUGUUAUUUAUGUUUAUUUAUAAUAAAAGAUGGGCAU